AUGGAGACGCAAGUUCAGCAGAAGUUUAUUCAACCCAACAAGGAAGCAGCCAGCUGGAAACAUGUUAGAUUGCAUCCUCAAUCAUCUCAUGGCAUAAAUAAUGAUAUUUAUGAUGAACAGCUUCCAUUAUCUAAAGUUGUGCAUGUGCGGGGGACCCCUGCGAGCGGAAAAACAACACUGGCUCGACUACUGCAGAAAUAUUAUAGAGAAAAGAAGAAGAACUCGAUGUUUGUUGACACAUGGCGCGAGCUUGAUGAAUACACUUCAGUAGGAGACAACCCUGAACUUCACGCCUGGAGCAAGCUCGACAGAAUGUUACGGACAAGAUUUGGUUCAAAUAUGGAUUAUCUGGCUCCAGGGACUAUUCUCAUUAUCGACGAGGCCCAAAGAUCCUAUUCGGACACCCUGUUCUGGAAUUCAAUAAUCAAGGAACGGUUGUCCCACGAAGGCCUAGAUAUCAGCUUCUGUCUUUUUUGCUGCUACGGGAGCCCGUUGAGCGGUGUUGACAUAGAGUUCGAUACUGAUACCAGAGAUUUUACGCCCGCUCAUUUUAAGCUAGCUCAACGCGUGACGUUAACCCCUCAGUCACGUCCAUCAUCGCCCCCGAUUGGUCUAUUCUUCACCCGAUCGGAGUUCACGGAUGCUGCACAGCGAUUGAUAGCGAACUCUCGUUUUCAAGAAAAGUUUACCCUCCGUCCUGACGCCGAAGACUAUCUAUUUUCGUUGACAAACGGACACCCGGGUAGUCUUAGCUCUGUGUUAAUGUACAUUCACGACUUUUAUCGCCAUGCUAUCAAGAGCCGUGAGUUAUCAGUCAUGGCCAAGGAGCAUGUGGUCGACAGCUUGAAACGGGAUCAGGAUGUCUGGGACACGCUGGCUCAAGAGCCAAUAUCACGUUCACUGCCCCAGGGCCGUUGGCUCACCACGGAAGUUGCAAACCUCCUCGCUAAGGUUUUGGAGGAAGGAAAUGUACCAUGUGAGCUGAACAAGGAGGCAGAAAUAUGCUACAAGCGCGGAUGGUUGCACAGAAUGCAAAUACUCGGAGAGGAUGGUUACGACAAGGAAGUCUAUGUACUUCCUUCAAGACUACAUGAAAAGCAUGUUCCUCUAUGUGUCUACCCCAGAUCUUUCGGCUGCAUUAUUCUAACCAUUCCUAGGUGGAUCGAACACUACAUCGCAAAAAGAGCAAAAAGUCUACCCUCCGAAUUCCAAAAUUUACGAGAUUUGACUCUUGCAAUAUUACGAGAGUUUUCAAGCUCGAAUCUGAGGCACUCAGCCCAAGGCAAGACAUUGUCAAGUGGUGCACAGCCAAAACCAAUUGAGGCACAGUAUCAAGACGAGUUCUAUCGGUGUUUUAAUAAGAUAGCCGGUAGAGGUGUGCCAGUCUGUACCGAAUGGUCCAGGACCACAGACGGCCGAGUCGAUUUUUGGAUUCCUGGCCAGAAAUGGGCAGUGGAGAUUGUCCGGGAACAAGACCGAAUUAACGAACACAUUAUGCGUUUUUACGAGAAUGGCCAGUAUUACCCUUGGCGAGUAGAUGGUAUGAUCCAAGAUUGGAUUAUUGUCAAUUGUACUACUUCUCCGCCAACACGUGGGUACGAAGAGACACGGCUUAUUCAUGCAGUUUUCAAGAAGGACUAUGCAGAAUUGCAGAUUCUUGAUAAUCAGAUGGAAAUUUUACAGACCUCUUUUUCGCACAAUUGA